CCCUUCACUUCCUGUAGAGAAUAGUGGGUCGGCCUGAGUUAUUAUAAUUCUGCCAAGUAAUAUUAUAAGUAUAUCCCGCCAAGUAAUUAAGCUAGUCCAUGGAUUUCUUGUAUCCUUAUCUCCUUCACCUUGUAAUUCUUGCUCUCUCUUUGUUUCUCAUCUUUCUCGUUUACUUCAAACAUAGUAAGUUCCCACCUGUUAAGCUUCCACCUGGUACAAAAGGAUGGCCCUUCAUAGGCGAAAGCCUUGCAUUUCUGAUGACCAGCCGCCGAGGGCACCCUGAAAAGUUCAUUAAUGAUAGGGUGACCAAAUACUCCGCCGAUGUUUUCCAGACCUCGUUACUCGGCGAAAACAUGGCCGUCUUCUGUGGUGCUGCAGGCAACAAGUUGCUGUUCACAAGUGAGAAUAAGUAUGUCAAAGCAUGGUGGCCAAAGUCAUUGUUAAAAGCUUUUCUCGUUCCUGACCCUGAUGAAUUCUCAUUCAAAGAAGUGUCAACAGGCUAUCGUAGAAUAUUGACUGAAUUCCUCAAGCCUGAAGCUCUACAACGAAGCAUUCCUGUUAUGGAUUCAAUGGCAAGAGAACACCUGAAGACAGAUUGGCAUCCUUUUAAGGAAGUAAAGGUUUUUCCGCUAAUAAGAAAGUACAGUUUUGCAUUGUCUUGUAGAUUGUUUAUAAGCAUUAAAGACCCAAAUCUUGUAAGCAAACUUUUAGGUCCUUUUGCUCUUGUAUCAUCUGGAAUGUUAUCAGUGCCAAUUAAUUUUCCUGGUACACCUUAUUACAAAGCCAUUAAGGCAAGCAAAGUGAUCAACCAUGAUUUUUUAGAGAUCAUGAACCGGAGAAAACUGGAGCUCGCAGAGAAGAAAAACAUAACAUCCCCUGAUUUAUUAACUCGCUUGCUUCUUCAUAAAGAAGAUGAUGGCAGGUCUAUGACUGAUGCUGGAGUAUAUAGUCGGAUUAUGGCAUUACUUUUUGCCAGCCAUGAUACCAUAAGUACUGCAAUAACAUUUAUGUUCAAGCAUCUUGCGGAGCAUCCCCAUGUCUCUAAUAGAGUUUUCAAAGAACAAAUGGAGAUCGCAAAGUCGAAAGAGCCUGGCGAAUUGUUGAACUGGGAAGACAUUCAGAAGAUGAAAUACACAUGGUGUGUGGCUUGCGAGACAAUGAGACUGUUACCACCAUCUCAAGGAGCAUUCAGGGAGGCCAUCACUGACUUCACAUAUGCAGGUUUUACGAUUCCAAAGGGCUGGAAGAUAUAUUGGACAGUACAUUCAACGCACAAGAAUCCAAAAUAUUUCCCAGAUCCAGAGAAGUUUGAUCCAUCAAGAUAUGAGGGGGAUGGACCUGCACCUUACACUUUUGUACCUUUUGGAGGAGGACCUGUUAUGUGCCCUGGAAGAGAGUAUGCAAGGUUGGAGAUUCUUAUUUUUAUGCACAACAUGGUGACCAAAUUCAAGUGGCACAAAGUUAUUGAAGGUGAAAAGAUCAUUUUUCAUUCAGCUCCUAUUCCAGUGAAGGGCUUACCAAUUCUCCUUGAACCUCUUUAAAUUAUUGAAAAGACCAUAGUAAAUGUAUGGAGGAGAAAUUGUUACGAAAUAGACUAAUUAAACUUCGAAUACAUCAUUUACCAAUUGUCAAGUGAAGAAUCUCUUCUUAAUGUGUGAAGUUGUUAAAAGAGUGUAACUACAUAAUGUUUAUGUUUAAUGUAUUUUAGGCU